CCGGCCGGGGCCCUCCUCCCCCGCUGACGGCCCCGCGGCGGCCACCAUGGACGCGGCGGGCAACGCGAGCAACUCGUCGGCGGCGGCGGCGUGGGGGGAGGCGUGGGUGGCCGGGCUGGGCCUGCUCAUGUCCCUCAUCGUCCUGGCCAUCGUCUUCGGCAACGUCCUGGUCAUCACGGCCAUCGCCAAGUUCCAGCGGCUGCAGACGGUCACCAACUACUUCAUCACGUCGCUGGCCUGCGCCGACCUGGUCAUGGGGCUGGCCGUGGUCCCCUUCGGGGCCAGCCACAUCCUGAUGAAGAUGUGGCAGUUCGGGAACUUCUGGUGCGAGUUCUGGACGUCCAUCGAUGUGCUGUGCGUCACGGCCAGCAUCGAGACCCUGUGUGUCAUCGCCGUGGACCGCUACUUCGCCAUCACGUCCCCCUUCAAGUACCAGAGCCUGCUGACCAAGAACAAGGCCCGCGUGGUCAUCCUGGUGGUGUGGGUGGUGUCUGCCCUCACCUCCUUCCUGCCCAUCCAGAUGCACUGGUACCGGGCCGAGCACGCCGAGGCCAAGCGCUGCUACGAGGAGGACACGUGCUGCGACUUCUUCACCAACCAGGCCUACGCCGUGGCCUCGUCCAUCAUCUCCUUCUACCUGCCCUUGGUGGUCAUGAUUUUCGUCUACUCGCGGGUCUUCCAGGUGGCCCAGAAGCAGCUGCGGAAGAUCGACCGGUCCGAAGGCCGCUUCCACGUCCAGAACAGCGGUCAGCAGGCGGACCAGCCCGGCCGCCCGGGCACCCGCCGGACCUCCAAGUUCUGCCUGAAGGAGCACAAGGCCCUCAAGACGCUGGGCAUCAUCAUGGGCACCUUCACCCUGUGCUGGCUGCCCUUCUUCAUCGUCAACAUCGUGCACGUCAUCCAGGAUGAGGUCAUCCCCAAAUACGUGUACAUCCUUCUGAACUGGGUGGGUUACGUCAACUCCGCCUUCAAUCCGCUCAUCUACUGUCGGAGCCCGGAUUUCAGGUACGCCUUCCAGGAACUCCUGUGCCUCCGGAAGGUCUCCUCCAAGAUGUAUGUCAACGGCUAUUCCACCAACAGCAACGGGAGGAGCGACCCCGCCGGGGAGCAGAACGGCUUCCCCCUUGGGAGGGAGGAGGAAGAGGAGGAGGAGCAGCAGGAGGAGGAGGAGGAGGAGCAGCAGCCUCGGGACAGUGAGCGGCUCUGCGGGACCCCCCCCCAACUCCGCGGGCUUUUUGAACUGUAAAGAGACGCCCGGCCGCCCUGGGACUGUGGAAAGCUGAAACGGGCUUCGAGUCUCUUCCCGACCCCUCUCGGCUCAGGGCUCCAGAGGGAGACGCCCCCUCUCCGUGUCUCCAUCCUCCGCGGGACGCGGCCAAAGUGGUGACCAAAGUGGAGGGGUGACCGACGACGCGAGCCAGUCAAGGUCUCCGGCCGGACAGUCCUUCCCCACAUCCCAUCACGGAGGGGGGGACGGAGGAAGAUAGGUCCGUCCAGUAGCCCGGCCUGGGAGCUGACCUCGGGGUUCACGCAGAGGUUGCUGACCUGUUUUGGGGGAGGAUGGGGUGGCCGGCUGGUCAGCAUCCGGAGAGACCCCGAACUCGAACCCAGAACUUUGCAGUUUGUUCUCCCUCCCCUGGGGCCGGGUAUGGGGGGCAUCGAGCUGACCACCCGGAGGCUUUGUUUCCCCGCUCGGACGCUGGGGAUGGGCGGGGGGAGCUCCAGCCUCCUUCAGCAGGAGGAUGAGGGGGGCUGGUCUCCCUCAGCCCCCAGAAAGACAGGAAAACGCAGGACGCGAGGGCAGGGAGAGGGGCGAGGGGGUCCUGGACGAUGCCUGAGAUUUGCAAACUCGCCCAAUCAAUCAAGCCAGGAAUGAGGGAGCGCGCUCUACACUGUACUGAGCGCUUGAAACGGCUAGUUUGCAGAAGUUGGGGCUGAAGGAGUGGCCGCCGGGUCACCAUAGGCCCUGUCCGGUCCUGCCCCGCCCCUGGCCGGGCUAAGCCCAGUGGAGCAAUAUCUCCCCAUCUGUUACCUGGAAAAAGGUGCUGAGCUUCGGCGGCCUCGGCCAACAAAAAAGGUGUGAUGUUUGGUGAUCAAACAAUGUGUCCGGUGGAGCAGGGAGACAGUAAAUAGGGAGAGGGGGGAGCAGAUUCAGACGGACAGAGAGGAAGACAGACAGGCAGACCCAGAGAGAGAGGU